AUCCUUUAUUUCCUGAUGCAGGGCUUCCCAAACAGUUUAAGGCCCGCUACAAUUAUCAUACUGUGGGCCCCAACCUACUUCAAUAACAUGGCCAACUUUUGGGACAGUACCUUUAUCUGGCAUGGAGAGAUUUCAUAUCCUAGUACAUCGGUGGAACAGUGUCUAAAUUGUAACCUCAUUAUUUCAUGGAUUUGUGUCAGAUCUAUGUAUUUUGUACAAUAUUUAGUUAUUGCAGUGGUCAACCUAAAAUGUCACUUUUGAAUUAUGGAAAUAAACAAAAUAAUUCUUGAAAGGGGAAAAUGUUGAUUUUGAUAUAAACCCCUGGGACUCUCUUAUUGUCCUUUGUGUGUACUCGUGGAUCCCAAUUUGGGAACCCUUGUCUAUUGUAUUUGAUAUGCCACACCUUUUCAUCUUGUUUGUCUCAGUUAUGAAUGACCAUGACCGAGGUCCACAGGACCUUAUCAAGCUUACCCAUGACAAGCUCUCAGCUGGUGCUGUAUCUGAAGAUGUGUUGUGUGCUUCUUGUGGAGCUGUCUCCAUGUUCAUUGGCACCACUAGGAACAAUUUUGAAGGAAAGAAGGUUGUUCAACUUGAAUAUGAAGCUUACAUUCCAAUGGCAGAGUCACAACUGAAGAAAAUAUUCAGUGAGAUAAGGGAACGAUGGUCAACCGUUAGACACAUCUGUGUUCAUCACAGACUGGGUGUUGUCCCGGUAACAGAAGCCAGUGUCAUCAUCGCCAUCUCCUCCCCGCACAGGAGUGAGUCUCUGGAUGCAGUUGCGUAUUGCAUCAAUGCACUGAAAGCAAGUGUGCCCAUCUGGAAAAAAGAGGUCUAUGAAACUGAAGAUUCCACUUGGAAGGAGAACAAGGAAUGCCUGUGGGCUGAGGGGAUGCUCAAGUAAUGAUGGGUGGUGUCAACAACAGUCAGUCCCGGAAUUCCAUUUAUCCACCAAUAUAAUUGUAUAUUAGCAAUCUGUUAUCGAUUUUACCACUGUUACCUUAUUAAAACAGUAAAACGAUUACCAGUUUGUUUUGAAUUGAAUGUGAAUAUGUGUGCAGUGUGCUCUACUUAUUCCCAAGUGGAACACAGAAACUACAUAAAAAUAGACUGUGCUGUGCCAGUUUGAACAUGAAAUAAAACGAACAAGAAAUAAGAUU